ACUCCCAGCAGAGCCUUAAACUUCAGACCUGGUCAGGACACUCCCUGAACUGCAGCAGGAAGGGCCCCUGGGCAGUCUUUGGGUGAAAAACAGCGGUGUGCUGCGAGUAGACAAUGCUGCUGGACCGACUUUGCCUGCGGCUGAACGCUGUGGUCUGUGGGCUCCUGCUUUUCCUCGUCCUGGGCCAGGGCCAGGAUUCUGCCAGCCCCGUCCGGACCACACACACAGGGCAGGUGCGAGGGAGCCUCGUCCACGUGAAAGACACUGAUGUGGGGGUUCACACCUUCCUGGGAAUUCCCUUUGCCAAGCCGCCUCUAGGACCCCUGCGAUUUGCACCCCCCGAGCCUCCUGAACCUUGGAGUGGUGUAAAGGAUGGGACCUCCCACCCAGCCAUAUGUCCGCAGAACAUCACAGUCUUCAACAUGAUGGCUAUGAAGCUGAUGAACUUGAGCCUGCCCUUGAUCUCCAUGUCUGAAGACUGCCUGUUCCUUAACAUCUAUACGCCUGCCCACGCCCAUGAAGGCUCCAGUCUGCCGGUGAUGGUGUGGAUCCAUGGUGGCGGGCUUGUGGUGGGCAUGGCUUCCAUGUAUGACGGCUCGGUGCUGGCGGCCUUUGAGGACGUGGUGGUGGUCACUAUCCAGUACCGCCUGGGUAUUCUGGGCUUCUUCAGCACUGGAGAUAAGCAUGCCCCUGGCAACUGGGGUUACCUGGAUCAGGUGGCUGCGCUACGCUGGGUCCAGCAAAAUAUUGCUUCUUUCGGAGGAGACCCUGGCCAUGUCACCAUUUUCGGCGAGUCCGCGGGUGGCACAAGCGUGUCCUCCCAUGUUGUGUCCCCCUUGUCCCAAGGACUCUUCCAUCGUGCCAUCAUGGAGAGCGGUGUGGCCCUGUUGCCCGGCCUCAUUGCCAGCUCAGCCGAUGCAGUGUCUCCGAUGGUGGCCAACCUGUCUUCCUGUGGCCAGGUUGACUCAGAGGCCCUGGUAGGCUGUCUGCGGGGCAAAACUGAAGAGGAGCUUCUGGCCAUCCAACAGCCUGUCAUGAUCAUCCCUGGCGUAGUGGAUGGGACCUUCCUGCCCAGGCACCCCCAGGAGCUGCUGGCCUCCGCUGACUUUCAACCUGUCCCCAGCAUCAUUGGUGUCAACAACGAUGAGUAUGGCUGGAUCAUCCCCACGUUCAUGAACAGCUCUGAGACCUGGAAGGAAAUGGACAGAGAGACCGUGAAGGCCAUUCUGCAGCAAAUGUUGACAAUGUUGAUGUUGCCUCUUGAGUCUGUUGACCUGUUGAUGGAGGAGUACAUGGGGGACAGUGGGGACCCCCAGACCCUCCGAGCUCAGUUCCAUGAGAUGAUGGGGGAUGCCAUCUUCGUGAUCCCUGCACUCCAAGUAGCCAAUUUUCAGCGCUCACACGCCCCGGUCUACUUCUACGAGUUCCAGCAUCAGCCCAGUUUCCUCAAGGACAUCAAGCCGCCCCAUGUGAGGGCAGACCACGGUGAUGAGUUACUUUUUGUCUUUGGAACCAUCUCUUGGAAAGGCUACAUUGAAGUCACAGAGGAAGAAAAGCUGUUGAGCAGGAGAAUGAUGAAGUACUGGGCCAACUUUGCUCGAAAUGGGAACCCUAAUGGCGAGGGUCUGCCCCACUGGCCCGUGUUGGACCAGGAAGAGCAGUUCCUGCAGCUGAGCACACAGCCUGCAGUGGGCCGGGCCCUGAAGGCCCACAGACUUCAGUUCUGGACGAAGACCCUACCCCAGAAGAUACGGGAGCUGAUGGAGGCAGAGGAGAAGCACACAGAGCUGUUGAGCACACAGGACCUGGUGGAGUUCCCUGGGGUGGGGCCUUACCAUACCUUCCACUACUUCUGUUCCCAGUUAGUUGUGAGGAGCAUGGGGACAGUGGUACAGAGUGGGUCCAGGGUCCUACCCUGGGUGGCCUGGCUGCUCCUGGUGUUCCCUGUCACAGCCACUGGGCCUGAGGUCACACGGCCUGAAGUGGACACCACCCUGGGCCGCGUGCGAGGCCGGCAGGUGGCCGUGAAGGGCACAGACCGCCUGGUGAAUGUCUUCCUGGGCAUCCCGUUCGCCCAGGCACCGCUGGGGCCCGGCCGGUUCUCAGCCCCACGCCCGGCACAGCCCUGGCAGAAUGUGCGAGACGCCAGCACUGCCCCUGCCAUGUGCCUGCAAGAUCUGGAGAGAGCAGAAAAUGUCAGAUUUGUGUUGAAUGGAAAGCACCAGCUCUUCCCUGUUUCAGAGGACUGCCUCAUCCUCAACAUCUACAGCCCAGCUGAAGCCACUGCAGGGGCCGGCCGGCCGGUCAUGGUGUGGUUCCAUGGAGGCUCUCUGGUGGUUGGCGCUGCCACCUCCCAAGACGGGUCAGCCCUAGCUGCCUACGGAGAUGUGGUAGUGGUCACUGUCCAGUACCGUCUGGGCUUCCUCGGCUUCCUCAGCACUGGGGACGAGCAUGCACCUGGCAACUGGGGCUUCCUAGAUGUCGUGGCUGCUCUGCAGUGGGUGCGGGGGAACAUCUCCCCCUUUGGAGGUGACCCCAACUCUGUCACCAUCUCAGGCACCUCUGCUGGCUCCUGCAUCGUCUCUGCCCUGGUCCUGUCCCCGCUGGCCGCAGGACUGUUCCACAGAGCCAUCGCACAAAGUGGAGUCAUCACCAUCCCAAAUUUACUGGAUUCUAACCCAAGGGUCCUGGCUCAGGGCUUUGCAGACUCCCUGGGCUGCCGCUCCACCUCCUCGGCUGAGAUGUUGCAGUGCCUCCGGCAGAUGCCAAAGGAAGAGCAGAUCCUUAACAUAAAGACGAACAUGACAGCGUUCUACACCAUUGAUGGAACCUUCUUUCCCAAGAGGCCCAUGGAACUCUUGAGGGAAAGACACUUCCACUCUGUGCCCUUCCUCAUGGGGUUCAACAAUCAUGAGUUUGGCUGGCUCAUCCCCAGGGGCUGGGGUUUCCUGGAUAAGAUGGAACAGUUGAGCAAAGAAGAAAUAUUGGCCCUACUGAGACCCUACUUGGCCGAUUUGGAUGUGCCCCCUGAGGUGAUACCCAACAUUAUAGACGAAUACCUAGGCAGCAUUUCUGAUGCAGAAGCCAAACGCAAUGCUUUCCAGGAGUUUCUAGCUGACAUGAUCAUCAUCUUACCUGCCAUGAAUUUCUCUAGAAGCCUCCAAGAUUCCGGAGUCCCCAUCUUUUUCUAUGAGUUCCAGCAUCGACCCAGUUCUUUCGCGAAGAUCAAGCCGGAGUGGGUGAGGGCUGACCAUGGGGCUGAGCUAGCCUUCAUGUUCGGGGGUCCUUUCCUCAUGGACGAGAGCUCCCUGCUGGCCUUUCCAGAAGCUACAGAGGAGGAGCAGCAGCUGAGCCUCACUAUGAUGGCUCAGUGGACCCAGUUUGCCAGGACAGGGGACCCCAAUGGUGAGGGGCUGCCUCUGUGGCCCUCCUACAACCAGCUGGGGCAAUACCUGGAAAUCAGCCCGACACCACGAGUUGGCCACAAGCUGAGAGAAGCCCGAAUGCAUUUCUGGACGGAGACACUUCCUGCCAAGAUCCAGCAGUGGCAGCAGACACAGAAGGGCAGUAAGGCCCUGGGGGAGCUCUGAGGGGUGGCACAGUCCCAGCAACGCAGCUUCUUCCUCCUUCUGCUAAGAAACUUUAGCUUAAACCAAGCUGAUGUACAGACAUGUCCCUGAAAGAAUCAGCCCCUCCACGACUAGCAUUGUGCUCCGUUGAAAUGUCACCUGCUGCCUUCUGCAAGGGCCUUUGUACAGACUCUUCCAUCUUCCUGAAGUGCCUUUCCCCCUUACUUCACGGUUAGUCACAGAUUAUUCUUCAAGCCGGGGAUCCCCUUCCUCCAAGAAGCUUUCCCUGCCUUCUUUGGGCCUAAGUCUGUGUCCAUUACAGUAUAGUCCACCCCAGACUAGCACUGUCUGUGUCUCUUUCACUUCUAUGAAGAUGGCAGUCAGCCUGACCCUGCUCUGUGUCUCCCACACAAGGGUCAGGCAGGACCUGGAAUCAGGGAUGUUUGAUGAACGAGUAAAAGAGAGUAUGAGAAUGGCGGCUGCUGGAUGUGAAACCAGGCUCUUCAGCCACCGAAGCUAUGCUCAGGGGUGCCUGGGUGGCUCAGUGGGUUAAGCCUCUGCCUUCGGCUCAUGUCAUGAUCUCAGGGUCCUGGGAUC